AUGAAAAAGAAGAAGGCGAAGAAGACGGGCGGCACAUCCAAGGAGAAGAAGGAAGAUGCGCCAGCAGCUGAGGACAAACCCGAGGCAUCGGCCAGCACACCAGCCGACGAAGCUGUCCCCGCGGAACAGGCUACAUCACCAACCGGCACCACGGCGACACCCUCGCAACAAUCCAAGCUCCGCUCGGCAUCAUUCCGCGCAGGAUCCAUUUCCAGCCCCGUAUCCAGCCCCAUGUCCCCCAACUUCAAUCCCGAGGGCGAGACGGCGGCCGAUAUCUACCGCAAGCAGGUGGCGCGCAUCGAAGAUCUGGAGAAGGAGAACAAGCGGCUCGCAAAAGAGGUUAAGGACUCGGAAAAGCGAUGGCAGAAGGCCGAAGAUGAGCUCGCUGAUCUGCAUGAGGCAGAGAGGCCCGAGGGCAACAAGGCAGAGGGUGAUUCGGAUAGUCACAUUGAGAAGCUGCAAGCAGAACUGGCAGCACUCCAACGGCAAAACGCCCAACUCCAAUCCGCCGCCUCGCGCCGCGGCCACGUCACCUCACCCUCCGUGUCAACGUCGUCUCCACCCGCCGCGGAACUACAAGCCCAGCUGGCCUCCAAAGCCUCAACCAUUGAGACAAUGGAGCUCGAACUAUCCCGUCUACGCGCGCAGGCCGAGCGCCAGGCCAGCGCUGGCGGCACCGACAAGGAGCAGAUCGCCGCCCUGGAGGAGAAGCUAGCGCGAGCGGAGCAAGCCGCCUCCAAGUCGUCAAGAGAGCUCGGCGAUCUGAAACGCAACCUCGAGCGCACGACCGAAAAAGCCGUGCGCGAGGGCAGCAGCCGCACCAGCGCCGAGACCAAAGUCCGGACCCUCGAACAAGAGAAUAGCGCCAUGGUCGAGGAGAAAGCCGAGCUGCAAAAGAAGCAUGACGCCCUGGAGAAGAAAGUCGCGGCGCUCGGCACUCUGCACAAAGAAAAUGACAAUCGGAUGCAGGCCCUCCGCCGUGAGAAGGAGGUUGCCGAGAAGGAAAACCAGGAGCUAAAGAGCAAGAUCGAGCGGCUUGAGGCUGAGAACGUGCGGCUCCGCAAAAAGGACGCGGCUGAGGGCGGCGGUGAUGAUGAGGGAGUCGACGAGCUCGAGAACGAGGAGCGCCUGCGCCUCGAGAAGAAGGUCCGCGACCUCGAAGCCGAGGUCUACGACCUGCGCCGCGGCAUCUGGCAUCAACGUCGUCGGGAGCUAGAGCCCGGCAUGGAAGGAGAUGCCGACGCCGCUACCCCAGUGGCCGAUUUCACCAACAUCGACCUCGGGAGCGGCGGGCUACCCUCGUCCAACACGGCGCGCAAGGAAUCCGCGAAAGCAGGCGGUGGCUUUGGGGAUUUCUUCAAUGCGUUGACGGGCGGAGGCGGUGGGGCUGGGGACAAGGACGAGCUUCUUGAUGAUGACGAUAUGGAAUUUGACGAGGAGGCGUUCCGCAAGGCGCAUGAGGAGGAUGCUAGAAAGCGGAUUGAGAGGAUUAAGGAGAUCAAGCGCGGGCUGAAGAAUUGGGAGGGCUGGCGCUUGGAUUUGGUGGAUAGCCGGAGGGGGGCUGCGUAUGGUGUUGGGGAGGUGUUUGACAUUUGA